GUUUGGUAGCAAUGACACAAACGUUGUGCCGCCAUCGCCAUUUCGUUAGAUAGCUUCAAUUUAACGCGGUUCAUAAUUUGUUCAUAGUUCUUUAGUUAUUGCUGUAAGUUAUUAAAAAUCUGGUAACGGACUGUUCGAAUCGAAACACUGCAGUGAAAAUGAGCAAAUUAAAAAAAUCAGACAGCAGCAGCGAGAGCGAAGAGGAAUAUUCCGUGGAAAAAAUAAUUGAUAGGCGAGUGGUCAAAGGCAAAGUAGAAUAUUUCCUGAAAUGGAAGGGGUACAGUGAGACCGACAACACUUGGGAACCGGAGGAAAAUCUGGACUGCCCUGAUUUGAUUCAAGAAUUCGAACGGAACAGGAGAGCCAAAGGAGCUAAAGACAAGAAAAAGAUAAAGGAUUCAGAGGAUUCAGACUCUAAUGUUGACGAUAAGAAGAAAAAGAAAGCGAGGAGCCCUUCACCCGAAUCUGAAGCGGAACCGAAAGUAAAACGACCGAGGAAAGACGUUUCGGACAAGGAGGAUUCUGAUGCUGAGGGAAAAGCCAAACAGAAAAAGCGAAAGUCUGAUUCAAAACCGCAGUCUAAGAAAGACGAUGAAAAAGCGAAAAAAAAGGUAGCCAGUAAGAAAUUGGAGUCUGAUUCAGAUGAGGAAAAAUCUAAGAAAGAAUCCAAAGAUAACGAAGUUGAGAAAGACUCAGAUGAGGAGAAUGUAUCUGUUAAAGGCAAAGCGCGAAAGCGAUCCGAUGUAAAAGACAAGGGAAAGCCGUUAUCGAGAAAAUCGGGAUUCGAAAGAGGUUUGGAUGCUGAAAAAAUUAUCGGAGCAUCUGACUCCACGGGAGAUCUCAUGUUUCUUAUGAAAUGGAAAGGAACGGAUGAGACAGAUCUGGUAGCCGCAAAAGAGGCCAAUGUGAAAUGUCCGCAAGUGGUAAUCCAAUUUUAUGAGCAAAGGAUCGCUUGGCACACGCCGGAAACCGAAUCAUAAGUUUACUGUAGUUCAGAAGUGCAUAUUAUAAUGUUUAUUUUAUAAGUUUGAAUAUUUCAUUAAUAAAGUAAGAAUAUUUACUUUUGUUUCAGUUUGCAAUUUAUGAUUUAAGCAAUGGCAGCGUGUUUUGUUGCUUUUAUUCAAAAGUUGUAACUAUUAUUUUCAAAAUUAUACUGAAAAAAAAAAUUCAAUAAAUAAAAUGUAUGAAAACCGUUAUCGCGUGAAUUACGCAUUGCAUUAUUUAACAGGCUACAAUCAACAUUAUUACAGGACAUUGAUAGGAUAAAUCGCGCCUCUGCUUCUAAACAUAAUAAUAAAUGACAAUUACUAUUUAGGAAGUUGAUUGCAAAUAACUGACUGUGACUGUUAGCAAUUUUGAAAUAUCAUGUGUAUUAGUACUAAAUAAGUUGAAUUAAAAUGGACAAAAUGAACGGAUCUUUCAAUAAUAUAUUAUUUUGAAAA